AUGGCUAAGCCAGAAUAUGUCUUUACUCGUGACUUCCACGACGACAACCGGGACGGUAGAAUUUGGUUGACAGAUCUAUCUCGCCGACUUCCGAGCACCGUAUCCCUAGACGGCCUUGACAUAUCAUUCAGCGCUCUUCCCCCAAAAGAAUGCCUUCCUUCAAAUAUGACACUACAUUCAUACGACAUACUAUCCGAGACGCCUGAUCAUCUCCGUGGAGUCUACGAUAUUGUUCACGUUCGGAACUUUUCCUUCGUAGUAAGGGACUCAGAGGCUGAGAGGGUUAUCGGAAACGUUUUACAACUAUUAAAGCCGGGCGGCUACCUACAAUGGGCCGAAGUAGAUGCCCUUUCAUAUCGCAUUGAAAAGACCAACCCGAACUGCAAAGACAAAGCCCUUAAGGAACUCAUGCGCUUAGGCAGGGCGACGGAUGAUCGUACCACUCCCCACUGGGUUCCUGAGAUUCCUUAUUUCUUUCAGCAGGCCAAGCUACAAGAGGUGCAAAAUGAUGUCAAGGAGGCUCCGCCGUACAUGGCUGUAGCAAAGCAUGAAUGCAACCUGAUUGUUUCAGAAAUGCUCGCCCACACGACGCAGGAUUCGGCUCUAAGCGAGGGGCUUUCACGGCUCUUACCCGAAGUUGUGGAAGAAAGUCGUGGAGGGGCCUACUGGGCUUUCACUCGGCUUACAGUAGUUGGUAGGAAGCCCAGCGGUUAG